AUCAUCAAACUUCAACAUUGGUAAAAACAAGACGUGAAUCGUGUUAUUUUUGGUUUUGUAGUCAAAUAUCGUCUUUAAAUUGAAAUAAACACCUUUAAUUUGCUGGGAAAAUAGUUGAAACCGAAAAUGUUCAGAAGAAAGACGAAAUUGGAUGGUGAUUUGCCGCAACCACCGACAAAGGCUGAAAUAUUGGAGGAUUUGGAAACAUUCAGUCUGGACCAUGUCAACCGAACACAACGAAACGAGAGUGCACUUUCGACUUCUGAUUUGUCGUUGAAUGCGAUGGAUUCAUCGAAGACAAUGAAACGAGGCCGUAAUGAGCCGGAGAGUGAGCAUCAAUUGGAAGAAUGGUGGGAUAAAUUCGAAAAAUUCCUCAGUGACAUCGACCAAUUGGAAGUGUACCAAAAGCAGUUCGGAUCGAAGAAGAUGAGUCUGGCCAAAUUGGACGAAACCAUUGGUUUGAUGGCUGACGACAUUCAAACAAGAAUUAACGACAGUCUCGGAAAAGCAAUGGCUCAAGUACCCGAAACGGAACCGGAUCUGAAAUGAAUUACCAUCUUAGGAAGUUCUUCUUUUUCAUGUUUAAGAAUUGAAUAGCGUUUUAUUCGAAAAUUUUCGAAAUCUUGUAUACAAUGUUCAUUAUUAAAGAAAUAAAAUGUGUUUUUUU